GAGCUUGACCUUACUAUUCACACAACCAACGCAUAUGGAGCUCAAGCCCGCGAUAUUUAAGAUACAUCUUUGUCGCUAGUAGCUUGCUCCUGGAAUUCUCUUGGAAUAUUACGUGGUCGUUGACUCUCCGCAUUGUGCGGCCUUCCACACAACAACCACCACCACCUCCGCGGCCGUCGUUGCACCGCAAUAUCGACUCAGGAUGAUUUCUUUCUUACUACUGAUCUUCCUCAUACAACUGGCCAUAUAUAUCGUCAAUACGAUUGGGGCAAGUACAGUCGACGAUCUGCUAUGGAUCCUUUACCUACGAUUACCAUCCUCCAUCUCCAAAGAUGCUCGUAAACACGGCGAAUUAAAACGCGAUGUCGUACAACUCAAACGAGAAAUGAACGCGACCAGUUCGCAGGAUGAGUUCGCCAAAUGGGCGAAACUGAGAAGGAGACAUGAUAAAGCCAUGGAGGAAUAUGAAGCCAUGAAUCGAUCAAUGGGCUCAAGAAAAACCUCCUUCCAGUACUCGGUGAAAAUCGCCCGCUGGCUGACACUGAACGGACCUCGACUAUUUAUACAAUUCUACUACACGAAAACUCCUGUCUUUGAUCUCCCUCCCGGCUGGUUUCCGUACCCCGUUGAAUGGAUAUUGUCGUUUCCGAGAGCGCCGUUGGGGACAGUCAGUAUCCAGGUAUGGAGCAGUGCUUGUGCGACCGCUAUUUCGUUGACGGGGAAUGUGGUGAUUGCGGCUUUGCAGAAGAGUGGACAAGCGAGUAUGAGGCAGGCCCAGGCUAUUCCAGCUGGGAAGUCGGAAUAAUCGGGCUCAUUCAUCUACUUUAAAAGUAUGAUGCAUAUUGAACUACAUAUGACACGUUGAUAUUUGAAGCUUAGAUAAUGUGAAAUGAUAUUCUGUAUAAAAGCAAGAAAUGUCCAUCAGAUAUUGUUGAGUCUACAACGGUCCUUGCACGAUGGCCGGAUCUUCAGUGCUUGACUCUUAUGAUAUAUCAUCACGCGAACCUCAACUACUCUAGCUCUCUGUUCUCUAUGAGAAUAUAUCCCAAAUCAACAAGUCCGGCCCCUUUGACAGGGCUUCUGUGUUGGCCAUCAGAAAUGCGACAACAUAACUCGCAGUCCGACAGACCAAAUCACCGCUUUCCCAUAAGCUACAGACUUUGUGUAAAAAAAGAAAGGGAA